AUGUGGUAUUUGUUGGAUUCAUCAAUUCAAUUGUUCAUCUUACUGGAGCCACAAUGCGGAUCAUCUCAGCAAUUUAUCAUGAAUCUAGUAUCAGGAAGUACAGCAAAAUAUUGGAUGUCUACAUGCAUUAUUUUUGCUGAACUCGACAUGAAUACAACACAGAUCCGACAAGCUCUAAAUUUUUUCUACGACAAUGGAGAUAAAAGAAUCCGUGAUAAAUUGUUUAUGGGAAAUCCAUAUGCAAUUGUAUUUUGUUACUUAUUCUAUGUGCUUUUUAUAAAAAAAAUUCUACCGAAAUUUAUGGAAAAACGAGAUCCGAUUGAUUAUAGUAAAUUUAUGUUUUAUACGGACUCAAUAUUGUGCUUAAGAUCGUUCUACUUCCUCAUUAAUGGUGCAUACAUGUGGUUCUUUUUGUACAAUUGGGUGUGUCAGCCAAAAGAGUUAUCAGAUUCAUGGCUAUCAAAUUAUGAAGUGAGAAUUUGUCAUGAAUUUACUGUGUCCGUGUUCAUUUACACCCUCCAAAGUGUUGUGUUUGUGAUGUGCAAGAAGUCAACUCCUGUUGCAACUUAUCUCCUGAUUCAUCAUACAAUCUUCCCAAUUAUGUUAUGGACUGGUGCCAAUUUCUAUCCUGGUGGACAUGGAACAUUUGCUGGCUUUAUUAAUGCAAUUGUACACUUUAGUGUGACUGCAAUGAGAAUCAUAACGACAAUUUUCCCAAAAUCUGAUCUUAAAAAAUACAGGAAGAUGAUCGACGUGAACUUACACAUUUUCCAAUUCCUUGUUAUCAUCGCUCAUGCAUCUCAAUUAUUCUUUCAACCAAAUUGUGACGUUCCUGCAGGAUUUGGAGUCUGUGAAAUUAUCGGCGCACUUAUCAUUGCUGUGAUUUACAAUCGUUAUGUGAUAAAUGCAAGCGAGAGAAAAAAGGACUAUCCAAAAUUAGAGCUAGUUCGAACAUCCUAAAAAUAUGGGGCGGUUUUAUAUAACUUACUAAUUUUAAGACCAAUUAUAGAAAGAGAAUGGAAACAAUUUUGAAGGGAUUCAGAAUUCAGGGUUUUGAAAUUUUCAAUAUUUUUGCUGUGAUAAAAAAAAUUCCAACUUUCUAUUAAAAUUUUGUGUGAAUUUUUAACUAAAACGUUUGAAAAGUAAAUAAAAGAAUUUAAGGAAU